CAUGUAUAUAACCUAUAAUUAAUCAUUAAGAUUGAAAAAUUGAUACAAUAAUAAAAAAUUGUGUAACAUAUUGUAAAAAAACAUAGUUUUUACGUUAUUUAGUUAAUUCAUUAAUUCAAAUGAACAAUGCCAAAAUAUUAUUGUGAUUAUUGUGAUACAUAUUUAACACAUGAUUCGCCGAGUGUACGAAAAACUCACUGUCAAGGUCGUAAACAUAAGGACAAUGUUAAAUAUUUUUAUCAAAAAUGGAUGGAAGAACAAGCACAACAUUUAAUUGAUGCAACAACGGCAGCAUUCAAAGCUGGAAAAAUCGCCUCUAAUCCUUUUGCAGCAAACAAAGGAGCAGCAAUUCCACCACCUCCGAAUCUUGGCCCACGACCUGGGGUACCACCUCAGGGUCCACCAGGUAUGAUGCCACCUCCAGGCAUGCAUCCUGGUGGUCCAAUGGGUCCUGGAGGUCCAAUGAUGAUGGGACCACAUGGACCAAUGCCACCUAUGAUGGGUAUGAGACCACCUAUGAUGGGACCUAUGGGACCAAUGGGACCAAUGAUGGGUCCUAUGGGACCUAUGGGUCCAAUGAGGCCUCCAAUGAAUGGACCACCACCACCUAUGGGAGGACCUCCACCAAUGAAGAAAUAAUGAAGAAGAUAUAUAAUUUUAACUAUUAUUUUAAUUAUAUUGAUAUAAAUAAUUCAUCAAUUCAUUAUAUAUAUUAAAUAGCAUGAUAUUAACAUGUA